UUUUAUUCACCCACAAAUAAUUUUUUUUGUUUCACCCUAAAUUUGGUGGUAAUAUCAUUGAUGUAAUUACAAGUACAAUUGGAGGCACAAAAAACAAGCCCUCAUAUGUAGAGGAGAUGCAUGAAUUCAUCAAUGGUGGCCAGGUGUAUAUAUACUGCAAAUGUUCAUGAUGGAGACAGUGCACCAUCCCUGCCUUAGUGAAAGAUGUUCACCGUCAUGGCUGAUCCGAUGGGUACAUCACUUAAAGGUGUAAUGCUAAUAAUAUUAGUAGGCUCUAGUAUCAUACUAGAAAGAAACCAGGUCAUCUCACAACCGAUAUGUCCAAAUGGGGGGCCAAACUGCCAAAUCUCCACUGGAGCGCUCUUCGACCGAGCUGUAAAACUUUCCCAUUACAUCCAUUCGCUUUCUUCUGACAUGUUCAACGAAUUUGAUGAAAGAUUUACCCCUGGUCGUAGGUUUCUAGCAAAAUCUGGAACAAGUUGCCAUACUUCUUCACUAAAUACCCCUGAAGACAAAGAACAAGCACAGCAAAUACAACACGAAGACCUGUUGAGCUUAGUGUUGAAAGUUCUGAGAUCCUGGAAUGAUCCCUUGCUUCAUAUGGUUUCUGAAGUUCAAGGUAUACGAGAAGCACCAGACACCAUUCUCUGGAAAGCUGUAGAGAUAGAAGAACAAACCAAACGUCUCCUUGAAGGGAUGGAAAGAAUUGUUGGAAGGAUUCAUCCAGGUGAUUUAGAAAAUGAAGUUUACUCUCUAUGGCCAGGUCCACCAGCUGCAGUACCAGGAGAUGAAAAUUCACGGCUCUACGCUUUUUACAACCUUCUUCAUUGCCUGCGUAGGGAUUCACAUAAAAUUGAUAAUUAUUUGAAGCUUUUAAAAUGUCGUCUCAUACAUGAUGGUAACUGUUAAGCUAGCGGCACAUAUCUGUACUUUAUAAGGAAACUGAAAGAAAAUGUGAUCCUAUCUAAACAGCAAAAUUGACAGGUGACUCUUACAGAUGCUUCUUUUUUUUCUUUUAGAUUUAAUCUUAAAAAUCUGUAAAUCUGUUUAUUUGCAUCAAUAACCCAU